AAAUUUUACUUAUAAGUAAUCUGUAUUUUCAAUACUGGCUAAAGUGUCUUGUGUAAUUGCUAAGUGCUAUGGCCAAUGGCAAUGGUCAAUAUUAUGUCAAUACAUAGGUUUUUGAAUACCUGGUAAAAUAUUGGUUUGGAAUUAACUUUCUUUAGACCUCCGUAAUGUGAACUAACAGGUUAUUGUUGCACUUAAUCAUAAAAAUAUUUUACUAUAUCGUCACAGUAGUGUUGUUAAGCGGCAGCUAUCUGUUUAAAGCGCAAGCUUGCAUUCGUACUUUUUGGAAACCACUUACUUUUCAACAUGGAUGACGAUGGUGAUGACAAAGAUGAUACCAAAAGGAGGACCCGUAACUUGAGUGAGAAAAAACGAAGAGACCAGUUUAAUAUGCUUGUUAAUGAACUGGGAGUAAUGGUAUCUUCUAGUAAUAGAAAAAUGGAUAAGUCAACUGUGCUCAAAUCAACAAUAUCAUUCUUGAAGAAUCAUAAUGAAAUUACAGUGAGAUCCCGAGCUCAUGACGUUCAGGAAGAUUGGAAACCAGCAUUCCUUUCAAAUGAAGAAUUUACCUAUCUUGUGUUAGAGGCUUUGGAAGGCUUUCUUAUGGUUUUUUCGACAACUGGGCGAAUUUUUUAUGUUUCGGAAGGAAUUACAUCAUUGCUUGGACAUACACCGAGUGAUGUUGUAAACACAACAAUAUUUGACUUAGCGUUUGAAGAAGACAGGCCAAACCUCUACAAUAUGCUUCAAAAUACUGGAAAUCCAAUUGAUCCUAAUCAAGCUCUUACUGCAGAAAAUGAAAUUAAGUUUCAAUGUCAUCUGCAACGGGGCACGUUGGACUUUCGAGAUGAGGUUACCUACGAACUUGUGGAAUUCAGUGGUCACUUUCGUUCGAACAUGAAACAAGUUGAUGGAGACGAAAUGUAUCAGACAGAUCCGGAUUCUAGGCUCCUUUUCGUGUGUACUGGCCGGAUCUACACGCCACAGCUCAUUCGUGACGUCACGCUCGUUGACUCCAGUAGGAAUGAAUUCACAUCCCGGCACAGUCUGGAGUGGAAAUUCCUGUUUCUUGAUCACCGUGCACCGCCAAUAAUCGGAUACUUGCCGUUUGAGGUGUUAGGCACAUCUGGCUAUGACUAUUACCAUUUUGAUGACUUGGAAAAGGUGAUCACCUGUCAUGAGGCAUUAAUGCAAAAGGGGGAGUUGACUUCAUGUUACUAUCGAUUCCUGACGAAGGGACAGCAAUGGAUCUGGCUCCAGACACGAUUCUAUAUCACAUACCAUCAAUGGAAUUCAAAGCCGGAGUUUGUUAUGUGCACGCAUAGAGUUGUUAGCUAUGCAGAUAUACAAAAGAGUAUGAAGCAAGAGACAACAGAGGUGGAUGCGCCCGAGACAACAGAUCCAACUCUCUCAGAAAUCAAGGACUCAGAGGAGGUGAUGCCAGCUAUGUCGCCGUCAUAUAUGUCUGAGACUAGUGAUGUCUACGGGAAUUCUUACCAUUCCCAAUCUAGGCCUGCAUCAGUAAAGUCCGCAUCAGCUGGUAGUGCAAGCGGUGCAACUUGUGGGUUAGUCGGUAAAGCAAACACGGCAAGUACAUCCUGGUCAAUGGCAUCUAAUACUCGCUACUCGGGCGGAUAUGCGAAUAGUACGAUAUCAGCUGAUUCCAGAUCUUCGCAUCGGUCAAGCUCUAGAGAGAGUAAGGAAGCAUCGUCCCAUAUGGAAGAAUCUCGUACUAUGAGUGAAGAGUUUAACUCAAGUCGUGCUAGGAUGUAUCAGCAGCAACACAAGCCGGUUGAACCCACAGUCGCACCACAACAUGGAAUCGGUGCUCAGUACCUUGAACCAGCUCCUUAUGUUGGUACUGUGAGCGUACCGGGUGUAAUACCUAUAUUGCCUUCAUUGCCAGUGAUUGUAUCAGAUCAAACACAAAUACAGUGGCCGUGGCAGGGGCAGCUCCAACGCAAGCAUGAAGAAUUGCAACAGAUGAUAGUGCGGCAGCAGGAAGAGUUGCGGCAGGUGAAGGAGCAACUGUUGCUGGCCAGGCUUGGGAUGCUCCAACCGCUUAUUAAUGUUCAGAAUCCCUACCCCAAUGAGGAACCCCAGCAAAAUCAGCGGUUGCCUGGACAAAUAAUGUACGAAGGUUCGACCAGCCGAAAUGUGACUUAUCCACCUCAUACGCAACCACCACACUUACCGCAUCACCCACAUCACCACGAAUAAAUUGUAAGUACCUUGAUGACAUCCAUCCGGAAUGGGACCGGUGGUUGUGAUUGCGGUGAAGUGACACUUAUCAAGAUUUGGACGGCUAUUAUUUUAUUUAUGAUUGAUUUUAAAGUUGUAUACGAGAGUAGGUUUAGGCGGUAUAUAUUAUAAUCGGUGAGUCUCGGUUAAUUAAAUCAGUACAGAAGUAUUUUUUUUUUGUUUCAUAAAUAUGAAACCCUCUUUUCAGAGUGUAUAUAUUUUUCAUAGCACAAUGCAUGUUAAUGCUGUAGUUUAAAACAAGAUUGUCUCAUUAUUUUCGAAAAGGCUGUGCAAUCAUUAUUUUGCAUUAUUUUAGGAUAGAAUCGGAAUUGUGAUUCUGAAUUAACAUUAAUAUAGUUUUAUUUUUAUUAAUCAUUAUAACUAUAGUUUUUGUAACAAACGUUAUAUAUUUUGACACCAUCUGAAAACUACUUUAAAAGUUAUUUUUUUUAAAUACAGGUACAUUUAAUUCUGAGAAUGUGAGGUUGAAAAUUAUUUCGUAACUCUACGUUUACGUUACGUUUGGUUGGAAAGGGAAUUUUGGUAUAAAAUAUUAGUUUUGGGGUGUAAGCCUCGCCAAACAAGUAUGUGACAUUUAUUCUGUUAACACUAAUGAGAGCGCUGUAUAUUUAUCGCAGCGAUACUGUUUCGAUUAAAAUUUACAAAUAAAUACAAAACCAGACUAAUUUAGAAGAACGAAAAGGUUAAAAAGUGACCGUUUCUUUAGAUUUAUAUAAAAGAUGCUUAAUUGAAUUGGGCUUCUUUAUGCGGUGUCAAAAUUUAUUUCGCACCUUGUUAGUUUUUAAGUAUUCGUAUCGAUAAUAACUAACGAAAUCUAUCUUAAUGCUUCAUCUCGUGAAUGACCUUAAGACGAAAAUGUAUCGACUGGUGCGUUUCAUACAUUUGUUAGGGAAUUUUAAAGCGUUAUAUAAAAAAAACUACAAUUUUUAUACACAUACUUUGACAUUUACAAAUUUUGAAAGCUUUUGUGGUUUACACAUUUAAAUACUCAUUCGUAAUGAGUCAAGUGUACAGUUUUUACUAAAACACUCACCGAUCUCUUUUCAAUAUGGAAUACAAAGAAAGAGACGAAAGAGUACUUUAGUUAAAACCCUGAUUUAGCUUUUUAGUAGUAAUUUACAUAUAAAUGACAAUAUUGUAAAUUAUAAAAUAAAUUUAAAUGUUUCCAUUUAUCAUACAUUAUCAGUGGUUGUUGUUGAUAUCUUUUAAGUUUUAAUUUUAGUUUAUAAAUAAUUAUUUACAUUAAUUUUUACAAUACAAUUCAUCAGAUAAACGUUAAAACAUAUACAAUGAAUGAUUUUAUUUAUCAAAGUUAUCAAAUUUCUUGGGCAUACAUUUAAACGUUAAUGCACUAAAUUGUACUUCCUAUAAUAUAUUAGUUAAAUUUAAGAAUUUAUAUUUUUCGUUAAAUUUUUUUUGAAUUAUCAUAUGUUUAAAUGAAUGUUGUUUGUAGAUUAAGUUUAAUGUCGCAUAUACAAUAUAGUAUGUAUGAACAUAAUAUUAUGAUUUUCUUGGUGCAUAUUGAACCUUAUAAUUUAGAGUUUAUAAUUGUGUUAAUUAAUUUGUUUUGCUUGCCAUAAUUUUAUUAUUUCGUACAGUGAAGCUACGCCAAAUAGGUCACCAUUGAUUAUUCUAUGGUAUUUUAAAUAUAGAAAAUAUCCUUGAGUUAUAACAUUCUAAAUGUCUAUGAAAAAAUAUUAUCGAAAAUAUUGAUAUGAUUCUAACCGGUAAAUAAUAUAUUUUAUAACUCAAGAUCUACUUAUAUAUGUUAUAUACAUUACGGAAAACAUAUUUUAUUUUUGUUAGAGAAAUCCGUUCCUUAAGUAGAAACCGUAUCUAUUUUUGGUGUUAAAUGAAUAUGUAUAUAUCUUCGCUAUAGCGUAUUAACCAUGUUGAAUAAUUAAAAUCAAAAUAUGAGUUCUGUAAUGUAUAUUCUUUUCAAAUGUGCCCAAAGUUUAACUAUUUUUACAUUGGCUUUGUGGGUUUCGUAAUUUUAUUGUAAAAUCAAAAGAUGAAAGCCAACUGUUACGGGUAAGAAGCCAGUCUAAAACAGGGUUAAUAAGGAGAAUUUUGUAGUAGGAACCUCAAUGUAAUAAAAUAAACGUCAAAAUUUA